AUGAACUGGAUGAAUCGCAGCCAUGUUAAUCCCCGCAGGCCCUGGCACCGCAGAGCCGCAGUGCGCAGCCCAGCCGAGGCCUCCAGCCUGCAGGAGUCCAGGCCAGCGGAGGAGGAGCCUGCACACUGCGCCAAGCCGGGCAAUCAGCCAGUACCUCCGCAGUGCCCUCCCAGGGGGCUCGGAGCUAUUUGUGUCCUUCGGAUUGGCUCCAGAGAGGGGAGGAGAAACGAAAACACUGCCCAGGAUAGAGUCAGUCGAGCGCAGCUGGGGAAACGCUUAAACCCGGGAGUGCGCAGAAGGCGGCUGUUGGGGCGGGAGGAAGGCACCAACGAGAGAGCGUGGGGCCGCUCUGGGAAGCGAGGGCAGGAAGCUGGCCCAGCCAAUGGCCGCCGCGGGCGGGUGUCGGUGCGCGUGCGCAUUGGGGGUCCCGGAGCUGCAGGCGGGAGGUUGGGGGAGGGGGCGAGCUGGAUUGCCGCGGAGCUCCUGCCGCCGCCGCAGCCUCCGCCGCAGCGAAGAGGCCAUGUUGUGUGGUGUGUGGGGCGGGGGGAGGAGGAGGAGGGAGUAAAGCCGAGCGAGGAGACGGGAGAGACACCACACACGGCACAAGAUGGCCGGAGAGGCAGCAGCAACCCGAGCUGUCAGGCGGCCUGUCGCGGCCCGCGGGCCCGUUGCUGCGCUGGGAGCAGUCCCGGGACGUCCCGGAGGGCUCCGGGAGAGCGCGGAGGCCGCGGCCGAGGCGAGGCGGCGGUGCGCGGGUGCGGGAGCCCGCGGCCCAGGCGCCCGCGGAGGCCGGGCCCGCGACGCCCGGGGCUGCGCUGCGGCAGCGCCGGUGCUGGUGGCGCGCGCGGUCGGGAGGCGGCCCGCGCCGUGGGCGGGAGGCUGCGGCGGGCGCCCCGUCCGCGAGGCGCGGGGAAGAGCGAGCCGAUGGCCCCGGCGGCCGCUCUUCGACCCGGUAACUUCCAAGAUUAUAAUUAGUGUGGUUGCUGAUGAUUCUGAAUAAAAACAGCUUUUAUGCCAGGUGUGCCAUUUUGAAGACUGAGACAAUAGAGUUUUCUCUAUAAGAAUAAAGGCGAGCCCUUGGAACAGUCUGUAUUUUAUAUAAAAUGUGAAUCUCAGAUGGAUUGAAGGGCCUGUGCCACAGACAUUGUUGAAGCAUUUACACCCAGUCAUCUUGAAGAGUUUGAAAUGGACCUUACCACUGAGAAAUCAAGAUGGCAGCCCACUAUGGGGAAUUGAGGAAAAUGGAUUAAUGGAAGAGAAUGCUGUGAUCUUACACAACCAACACAGGGUUGUUUUAAUAUGGAUUCCAGGAAAUGAAUGACUCUUAACCAACACAAAUGGACACUGGGAUUUACCUUUUAAAGACUUGUUACUAUUUUGACAACUGGAGGAUGCUACAUUUCUACAAAUGGUAGUUUGUAUUCUUGCAAUUUCUUGCAAUUUGAUCUGAGUGACCUUAUGGAAUGUUAACUUCAAUAAAAUUUCUAAAACUUAAAAA